CACAGUUGGCUUUUGCCUGCGAUUGAGCAAUGAGGCUUUUGCCCAAGUUGGGACGCAAAUUUCGGCGCUGGAAGAAGUUUAAGAAGUCGCCUUUGCUGAGGAAACUUGAUUUGCUGCACGAGACCGCUCGCAAGCGUGCCUUCUUGGAAACCUCGCAGGAUUACAUAAGUCGACUGCAAGCGGAGUGCGAUGAAAAUGUGGUCACAAAAUUGCGUGACAAAACCCGUGACCAAUUCCUUUACAAUGGCACUUUCCAUGAGGCUGUGGGCAAAGUGCUACUUACCGCCCAAUUCUUUGCCAUGAUGCCGGUCCGUGGAGUCACAGCGAAGCAUCCCAGCAGCCUGAGCUUCUCCUGGCUGCAUGUUCGCACCUGCUGCUGUCUGUUGUUUAUCACCUCUACGCUCAUCGAUCUGACCUUGACCAUCUUCAAGGUGUUGGAUGGACCCAUUAGCUUUAACAACAUUAAGCCCAUCAUCUUCAGAGGCUGCAUUCUGUUGGUCUGCAUGACAGCUCUCAAUUUGGCACGCAAGUGGCCUGAAUUGAUGAUGCAUUGGCACGAUAUCGAACAGGAUUUGCCACAGUAUCAGACGCAGAAGGAAAAGUGGCGCAUGGCGCAUACGAUACACAUGGUCAUGCUGGUGGGCAUGAUGCUGUCCUUUGCGGAGCACUUGCUCAGCAUGAUUUCGGCCAUCAACUACGCCUCGGUUUGCAAUGUCACCGAUGAUCCCAUUCGGAAUUUCUUUAUGCUUACCAACGAUGAGAUCUUUUACUUCAUGGGCUACUCGCCGCCCUUGGCGUUGUGGGGCAAACUGCAGAAUGUCUACUCUACGUUUAUCUGGAACUAUAUGGAUGUGUUUGUAAUGAUUGUCAGCGUUGGCUUGGCAGCCAAGUUUCGACAGCUCAACGACAAUUUACUAAAGUUCAAAGGAAUGCACAUGCCACCUUCGUAUUGGUCGGAGAGACGCAUACAAUAUCGUAACAUUUGCGGCCUGUGUGGUAAAAUGGACAAUGCCAUAUCGUUGAUUACCAUGGUAUCCUUUUCCAACAAUCUCUACUUUAUAUGUGUUCAACUGUUACGCAGUUUGAAUCAAAUGCCUUCGGUGACUCACGCUGUUUACUUUUACUUCUCGCUCAUAUUCCUGAUAGGACGAACGCUGGCCGUGUCCUUAUACGCAGCCAGCGUGCACGAUGAGUCGCGUUAUUCGCUGCGCUAUUUGCGCUGUGUGCCCAAGGAUUCAUGGUGCUCCGAGACGAAGCGUUUUGCUGAUGAAAUCACCAGUGAUUUAGUGGCACUUAGUGGCAUGAAGUUCUUUCAUCUAACCAGGAAAUUAGUGUUGAGUGUAGCUGGCACAAUAGUCACCUAUGAGUUGGUGUUGAUACAAUUCCACGAGGAUCAGAAUCUCUGGGAUUGCGAUCAAAGUAAUUACUCGUAAUCCAUUUUUGUUUGCAUUGUUGUUUUGUUUUAAUUUUUUUAUUAUCAUUGAAGCAAUAAGGAAACCAACAAAAGAUCGCAUCCUUAAUAUCAAUAUCGGUUAUAUGCUUAACUAUACAACUACAUUUCAUAUGUUCAUUUGUUUUUUGUGGGUUAUGUGUGAGUUUUGUAGAUUUAAAUAUCAAAUUGUUGUCCAUGUUAAAUAUAUAUAUUAAUGGUCACUAGUUUCACUUACACGCUAAACAGCUAUUUAAUGAGUGGGGGGACGAGGGAGGUGGCAAGGGAAUGGACACUGGCAUGGGGUCGAGCCUUCUCUCUUCAUCAGUGGUCGGGGUCGGUGUGGUGUCGAUGCACACAAAAAAUUCAGCUAAACAUUUUCAAUUAUCGUAAAACUGGCUUAAUUUUAAAUUCAGUUGAGUUGCUUUAGGUUUCAUUUUCAUUUUUGUUUUAACAAAGAAGGUAACACGUACGAUACGGAAGUCUGGUGGUUUCUUGUUGCUUUACGUUCUCUUUGUUUUUUAAACAUUAUCAAAAAAAAGCCAGGCUAGAAAAAUUAUUGUAGCGAUUAUGCGAUAUUAAGUGACAUAUAUAUGUAUAUAUAUCUAUGUAUGUGUCUUGUAUAUAUAUGAAACUGAAGCGGAAGCUACAUGAUCAUGAUUGCUUAUAACUAUGCAUUAGUGUAAUUGCUACAGCUACAUGUGUGUGAGUGUGUGUUUGUGUGGGUGUAUAUAGUACUAUAUAAAUGUGUGUCUGAUUCUUACUGCUGUCAGUAAAGUGCUACGAAAAAACUUGUUCGAUGUCUUGUUGAACGCCAUCUACACUCUUCCAUUCCAUAACACAUAGCGAAUACAAUAUAGUAAUUAGAUGAGUUUCAUU